AUGGAGGAAGAUGGCUUUACACUUGUUAAGAACAAGCGCAAAGACGGCUUACGUUCUAAAAAUCGACUGACAGGUCAUAAGAAAUCAUCGCACCAUAAAUGGUCUGCAAAGGCAAUUGCGGCAUCUAAAUCAAUGAAACCACGGUCAAUAGAGGGAAACGGAACAAUUAAACUUAAACUGAUAAGUGACAUACAGAAGGCCCAGACAAGCAUAGAAGCAUCGUCUUUCUGGUCACAAGGACAAGGCCUUUUAAAUAAUGCAAUUCAUCGAUUACACUGUAGGAAAGGGGAUCAUGUAUUGUGUAAGAGACGGAGCUCUGACCUUAGCGGUAAACCACGGAAUGAAAGGGGUGAUAAAAGUUGCUAUGCCCCGUACAAUAAUGAACAAGUAGAUUUUAACAGAGAGGAGAUGCCUAGCGAGCUUGUAUGCUACGGGAUUGGUAGCCUGCUAGACUCACAGUCAGCACGCUAUCAAUUGGCAUAUGCGCUGGCCGUCAGGAAAUAUCUCAGCCUUGCCCCCCGCACACUCAUGAUAUACGAACCUGUGUUGUCGCCUCUGGAACUUGAAGUGCUUCAGCAAGAGUAUGAAUGUGAGAUAAUUGGGGUGGAUGAAGAAGCCAAACGCUCUGUCACGGAUUGUACGCUGUUCUUCAUGCCACAUUGCAGUGCGAGAAUGUAUAACAAUUUGCUAUGGGCCAAUUGGGAUGCGAAGAGCUGUGCUAAGUUGAUCGUUGUGGGAAAUUCCUUUCAGCGCUAUCAUCUGUG